AUGCCCUCGGAAGAGACAAAGGAGAGAAUCAUCAAGGUCGUGGAGGUUGGCCGGACGGUCAUGCAUUAUGGCUGGAUACCUUUCAUCAUCUACGUCGGAUAUACGAGGAGCAGUCCACAGCCGUCGUUGAUCAAGUUGAUUAGUCCCCUUGCAUAA